UUUUAAAUAUCGGCACCUCCCAGGCGGGCGGUGCCAAGAACCAAUCACACUAACCAGGCGCCGGUGCGCGAGCCCAAAUCAAGAAGUCGAGGGGCUUAAUUGGGUGUAAAAUGGCGCUCUCGCAGGGGACAAAGAAGAAAGUUUGCUAUUACUACGACGGCGACGUGGGGAACUAUUAUUACGGCCAGGGCCACCCGAUGAAGCCGCACCGGAUCCGGAUGACCCACAACCUGCUCCUCAACUAUGGCCUCUACAGGAAGAUGGAGAUCUAUAGGCCGCACAAAGCCAGCGGCGAGGAGAUGACAAAGUACCACAGCGACGACUACAUCAAGUUCCUCAGGUCCAUCCGGCCGGACAACAUGUCGGAAUACAGCAAGCAGAUGCAAAGAUUCAACGUGGGAGAAGACUGCCCAGUGUUCGACGGCCUGUUCGAGUUCUGCCAGCUCUCCACGGGCGGCUCCGUGGCGGGCGCCGUGAAGCUGAACAAGCAACAGACGGACAUCGCCGUCAACUGGGCGGGGGGGCUGCACCACGCCAAGAAGUCCGAGGCGUCCGGUUUCUGCUACGUCAACGACAUCGUGCUCGCCAUCCUCGAGCUGCUCAAGUACCACCAGCGCGUGCUGUACAUCGAUAUCGACAUCCACCACGGCGACGGCGUGGAAGAGGCGUUCUACACCACCGACCGGGUCAUGACGGUUUCCUUCCACAAGUACGGCGAGUACUUCCCGGGCACCGGAGACUUAAGGGACAUCGGCGCCGGGAAAGGGAAGUACUACGCGGUCAACUACCCGCUGCGAGACGGCAUCGACGACGAGUCUUACGAGGCCAUCUUCAAACCCAUCACGGCCAAGGUGAUGGAGAUGUACCAGCCGAGCGCCGUGGUCCUGCAGUGCGGCGCCGACUCCCUGUCGGGGGACAGACUGGGCUGCUUCAACCUCACCAUCAAAGGCCACGCCAAGUGCGUGGAGUACAUGAAGAGCUUCAACCUCCCGCUGCUGAUGCUGGGCGGGGGCGGCUACACCAUCCGCAACGUGGCGCGCUGCUGGACCUACGAGACGGCGGUGGCGCUGGACUGCUCCAUCCCCAACGAGCUGCCCUACAACGACUACUUCGAGUACUUCGGGCCCGACUUCAAGCUGCACAUCAGCCCGUCCAACAUGACCAACCAGAACACGGACGAGUACCUGGAGAAGAUCAAGCAGCGGCUAUUCGAGAACUUGCGCAUGUUGCCGCACGCGCCCGGCGUCCAGAUGCAGGCCAUACCCGAAGACGCCCCCCACCCCGACAGCGCGGAUGAGGACGACGAGGACCCGGACAAACGCGUUUCCAUCCGCGCGCACGACAAGAGGAUAGCGUGCGACGAGGAGUUCUCCGACUCCGAGGAUGAGGCCGAGGGGCAAGGAGGCGGUCGGCGGAACGCGACCAAUCACAAGAAGGCCAAGCGGAUGAAGAAAGAGGAGGAACGUGACGCGGACGAAAAGAAAGAUGUGAAGGAUGAGCUCAAGGAGGAAGAAAAGAUGGAUAAUUUAUCAGCAAAAGAGGAGCUGAAGAACAUUUGAAGACGAGCGCGAACCCCGUUGCCAGUGUUAAGCUCCACCCGGUCGACGCGCCUCACAGCACAAACCAAACACCCUCCUGUCAGGUUUGAGCUGCGGAAAAAUGUAUCCUCGUUCAAAUGACCCUCGUCAGUAUUUUUUUAUACACGUGAAGCAUCUAUUAUAAUGAAAAUGUGUAAUUAUGA